AUGUUCAACCACGAAGAACUUGCAUUGAAAAUCUUAAUUUUCGUCAAACUUGUUCUAUUUAUCUUACUUAUUGUUUUCGCUUGUGUUUAUGCAUUACCUCUAUGUUUUUUAUCCCGUUUUCAUUCACCAAUUAAUAUGAUGACAGUUCACGUAUGUUUAGCUUUUAUUGGCUCAGCUGUCUUUUGGACAAUAGUAUAUAUGUUAAAUUUACGUAACGGUGCUUCAUAUAAUAUUAUAAGUCAAGAACGAUGUUCGAUUGCUAGUUCUAUUGAAACAAUACUCAAUUGCUUAGUUAUCUAUUCUUUAUGUACAGUGUCAAUUAAUCGUUUUUGUAUUAUUAGGUAUUCGAAUAGAAUUAUGUUUAAAUCACAACGAUGGGCAUUAGUAUGUAUUGGAAUAACAUGGUUAAUUACUUUAAUUGUAUCAAUACCACUUUUAAUAUCAUCCCACAGAGAGAUAUGUGUUAAGAUGUUUGGUCAAACAUUUUUUCUCGAACUUUAUGUUCAAGUAAUAGUUGUUAUAUUUCCAACAGUUAUUUUUGCAUUAAUCAAUAUUCUCAUAUUUAUUUAUGCUCGUCAAUCAUCAAGACGUAUUCGAGUUAACGCAGCAUUACGGACAGUUAUUAUGAAUAACCGAGAUGUUCGUCUUCUCAAACAUAUGAUUCUUAUAUUUGUUAUAUUUCUAAGUGGUUGGUCGCCUAUUUAUAUACUUGUAUGUAUUGAUUUUAAUAGUGAACUAUCACCAAUUAUAUACCGAUUUCUUUCGAUUUUACCAGCAUUAAGUUUACUUGGGAAUAUGAUUGAUCUUUUUUUAUUUAAUCAUCAAUUAAGAUUAUAUUUUCGUCAUUUAUUUGUUGUUCGCCAUAAUAGAAUUCAACCUAUGAUUAAUAAUCAAUAG